UUAACUUCCACAUGAAUUCGUGGUGCUACAGAGCACAAGACUUCGAUCAGUGUUCUUGUCAUCUAUUCUGCCUCACUGUUUCCAACUUCUGUUUCUUAUAAAUUUGAGAUUGCAGGUUAUUUAGUCAUAAGCUUCUCUUCAUUGAGGUUGCAAGGUCUAUAAAGCAGAUUCAAUGGAAGGUGGUUUCUUUCCACCUUGGAAAAAUGGCUCCUGGCAUGGGUUAGAGUUAGAGGAUGUGCAGGAAAAUGACCAACUCAGAUUGGUCUCGUCCUUGCCAGCAAUACCUGAGCCACCGACACCCCAUGAGCCUAUGGAGUUCUUAUCAAGGUCAUGGAGUCUCUCUGCUUCCGAAAUUUCAAAGGCUCUUUCAGAGAAACAAAAACAAACUUUGCUUAAUAAGAGUCAUGACACAUUGCUAGAAGCUAUUUCUGAACCUCAAUUAGCAUCAGGCAAGAUCAUACCUUCUGCUAAUUGUCGAAAGAUGGGAACCAUUGGAAAAUGGUUACAUAAGAAGCAGCAUGGCAAUACAAACAUCACAGUCAAAAAGAAAGAUCGGGCUCGUCUAGAAAAUGCACGUGUGCAUUCUGCUCUUUCUGUUGCUGGGCUAGCCUCAGCGUUGGCUUCUGUAGCUGCUGUAGAGGACCCUGGUGGUGGCUCUCAUUCUAACUUGGAUGUUGCUCUCGCUUCAGCCACACAACUUUUAGCAUCUUAUUGUGUUGAAAUGGCAGAGUUAGCUGGAGCUGAUCAUGACCAUGUGGCUUCUACUGUCAGAUCUGCGGUUGAUAUUCAAACCCCAGGUGAUCUAAUGACUCUUACUGCUGCUGCUGCAACAGCUUUGCGAGGAGAAGCAGCUCUGAGAGCUAGAUUGCCAAAAGAAGCAAAGAAGAAUGCAUCUAUAAGCCCCUAUGAUAGGGUGACAGCAGAAACGCAUUGGCUUCCUGCUUUUGAUUCUCAGAUGUGGGAAAUUCAUCCUCCAUGCGUGGGGGAUUUGUUGCAUAUCACAGAAAAAGGUGCAUUACGAUGGAAACAUGUCACUGUUUACAUCAACAAGAAAUUUCAGGUCAAGAUUAAGAUCAAAAGCAAGCACGUUGGAGGAGCCUUCUCCAAAAAGAAUAAAUGUGUGGUUUAUGGAGUCUGUGAUAAAGAUACCGCAUGGCCAUAUAGAAGAGAAAGGGAAGCGUCAGAGGAGCUCUAUUUUGGCCUCAAAACUGCACGAGGUCUUCUAGAAUUCAAGUGCGAGAGCACACUCCAGAAGCAAAAAUGGGUUGAUGGGAUAGAGUUUCUACUUCAUCGAGUCAACUCUGUUGAAGCAAUAGAGCGUUCUCUGGAAUCUUCAAAUAUAACUACCGACACAUGAAAUGUUUGGAUUGUUUAUGCCUCUAGGUUCUAGGAACAGUAGGACAUAUAAAAUUUUACCAAACAACUAACUUGUAGGAAUGCUGUACCUUUACAAAAGUAAAGCAAUAAUUUUCAUUGCAGGAGUUGCUUAAGACCAUGUUUGUUAAUAGUAAUAGUUAUUAAUAGUGCUAAAAAAGUUAACAUAUAAAAAUUAAGGGAAAUAUAAGUAUUAUGUUAUAGUACAUAAUUAAAAUAUUAAAAUUGUUGACAUAGAAAUUGAAAAAAAAAUAACUUUAAUAUUAUAACUAUAUAUUACUUCUAAUACAUAGUUAAAAACAGCUACAGGAUAUGCUGCAAAGGACCCAAAAACUAACGCAGUUAGCAACACCAAGCUUUUUUAUUUAAAUUAUUCAAUGAGAAUACCUUCUUUCGUUAUAAUCGUUUAUUAAAAUAAAACAGCCUGCCACAAAGAGCAAGAGAUAAAAGGAGGAUGGUUCAUUGGUUCCUUAUCCUUGACACCCGCAUUGACACUGGGCCUUAAGGCAGCUUCUAAUGUUGCAGUCUGAAGAACAAAGCUUUGAGCAAUCAUCAUCAAGGGCGCAAGUUGAAUUUGUCAGGGUUUUGGAAGCAGUGUGUCCUGGGCCAAAAGGGCAUGCACAUAGGUCAUUGACGCAUAUACUUGGCAACCCAAGGCAGUUCUUUUUGCAGCCUCCAGCAUCACAUGGGCUUUCGCAAUCUGCAUCAUUUUUACAUGCAUAACUUUGUGCUUGUGCUCCUAGCAUUCUUCUCAAUUGUACCCCUGCAUCCAAAAGCAUAUUAACCAUUUUUAGAAUUCUUUCUUAACUUUGAACUGUCAAGAAAUCCGAGUGGGAGAGAGAAAGACGAACUGGAUGCAAGAAUAAAGAAGAUCAUUGAGAAAGCCAACUUGGCUGAAGCUGCUUUCAUGUUUUUUGGGAAUGAGGCGUGUGUAUUGAAGUCUCCGAUAUAGCUAGGAAUAUAUGUAGUCACAAAUG